CUCAGCAGCGCUCGGUCUUCCUGGUUCUGCGGACUGGAGGCGUACUUUCUGCGUGUUUUUAAUUAUUUAUUUAUUUUUUUUAAAAACAAUGACUCCGGGUUUCGGAUCGCCGAGUUUCUCCCAGAAAACGCGUCUGAAGUCAGAAGUUUGUGUCUGACCGACCCGCUGGUCGUGCUGGGUCGUUUCCUGCCGUCAGUCAAACUGUCCACCAUGGGACCGCAGCUUCUCGUUUUCUCGGCUCUUCUGGUUGUAACGGAGGCGGCCGUGUCUCCACCCGCGGACACACGGGACCAGGAGUUCGGCUCUAUCAGCUCCAUGUUGGACGAUUUCGACGUCCUUCCUUUCUCCAGCCUGCAGACUCACUCGGUCCAACGCCGGGACGUCCAGACCCAGACCCACGUGGAGAAGCUGCUGAGUUUCAGCGCCCUCCAGAGGAACUUCAGGCUUUACCUGAGAACCAACAACGAGAUCUUCACCGAGGACUUCAGAGCUGUCGUCGUGGACGAGGACGGCCGAGAGCGAAGCUUUCCGGUCAACAGACACAACUUUUUCACCGGACACGUCAUCGGGGAGGAGAACUCUCGUGUUCAGGCUCACAUGGACAACAGGGAGUUCUCGGCUCACAUCCUUACUGAUGAGGCAGAGUACAACAUUGAGCCUCUGUGGAGGUUUACAGCGACGCCCCCUGAUGGUCGGCUCCUGAUCUACCGCUCAGAGGACAUCAGGAACAUCAGCCGGCUCCAGCGGCCCUCUGUCUGUGGCUACGUGGCUCCUGACUCCUCCCACCUUUUCCCCUCUGGCAUCAGAGCAGCCAUGUUGGAUCAUCAGGAGGAAGAAGAAGAGUCCACGUUGAGACGGAGACGUCAGGCCUACGACCACAAGAAGAACACGUGUUCCCUGCUGCUGGUAGCCGACCAUCGGUUCUUCAAACACAUGGGCCGAGGCGAGGAGAGCACCACCCUCAACUACCUGAUCGAGCUGAUCGAUCGCGUGGACGACAUCUACAGGAACACAUCGUGGGACGAAGAGUUCAGCGGGUAUGGGGUUCAGAUCCAGCAGAUCAUCAUAGAGGACACUCCCACUGCGGUUCCUCCUGGAGGAAGUCACUUCAACAUGGAGGGGAGUCCGGUGGAAGGAAAAGACGUCUGGGACGUGAAGAAGCUGCUGGAGCAGUUCAGCCUGGACAUCGCAGAGAAAGCGUCCAACGUUUGCCUGGCUCACCUCUUCACCUAUCAGGACUUUGAUGAGGGCACUUUGGGUCUGGCCUACGUGGCCCCGUCCAAACCGGACUUCCCUGGAGGUCUCUGUUCCAAAGCUUGUUCUUCGUCUGCUAAUAAAAAUGGAGAGAUUUAUCUGAACACGGGUCUCACCAGCACCAAGAACUACGGGAAGACCAUCCUGACCAAGGAAGCGGACCUGGUGACGACCCAUGAGCUCGGCCAUAACUUCGGCGCAGAGCACGACCCAGACAACGUCCUGUACUGCGCCCCGCGGGAGGACCAGGGGGGGAAAUAUGUCAUGUACCCCAUCGCCGUGAGCGGAGACCACGUCAACAACAAGCUCUUCUCUAACUGCAGUAAACGCUCCAUCGUGAAGCGGCUGCGCUCCAAGGCGGCGUCCUGCUUCAAGGAGCGCAACAUCAACGUGUGUGGGAACUCCCGGGUGGAGCAGGGCGAGGAGUGCGACCCGGGGCUGCUGCAGAUGACCUCAGAUAGAUGCUGCUCCGCGGACUGCAGGCUGAAGGCCGGAGCUCAAUGCAGUGACAGGAACAGCGCCUGCUGCAAAGACUGCAGCUUCCAGCUCCGAGGGGAGGUCUGCCAGGAGCCCAUCGACGCCACCUGUAAGGGCCACUCCUACUGCACAGGAAACAGCAGCGAGUGUCCUCCUCCGGAGAACGCUCCAGAUAAAACGGUGUGUUUGGACAACGGCGAGUGUCUGAAGGGAGAGUGUAUUCCUUUCUGUCAGGCCGUCCUGAAGCUGCAGCCCUGCGCCUGUAACGAAACAAACACGUCAUGUAAAGUCUGCUGUCGGAACAGCUCCGGUAUCUGUGCCCCGUACCAGGACCAAACGGGCCACUUCCUGUACCUGAGGAAAGGCAAACCCUGCACCGUGGGUUUCUGCGACGGAGCGGGGAGGUGCAUGAAGCAGGUGCAGGAUGUGGUGGAGCGGCUGUGGGACUUCAUCGAUAAACUGGACAUCAACACGUUCAGUAAGUUCCUGGCUGAUAACAUCGUGGGCUCAGUGGUGGCCUUCUCACUCCUCUUCUGGGUUCCUUUCAGCAUCCUGGUCCACUGCGUGGACAAGAAGAUGGACAGACAAUACGAACAAACCACCAAGUCUCUGUUUUUUCCUAGUAAUGCCGAGCUCCUGAGCAGCCUGGAUUCUGCUUCUGUUCGAGUCUUCAAGCUUCCCAGCUUCCCGGCCGGUCCGGUGCGCCUCCAGCCAAGCAGCGGCCCCCAGCAGACCAGCUCCCCGCCGGUCUUCAGUUUUGGCGCCGUGCUGGGCCACACCCCCCAGCCUCUGGACAGCCCCCGCAUGGCCACCAUCCACGAAGACCCCAGCUUAGAUUCCCACCGUGGAACGGAGGAGCUGGAGGAGGCGUUCGGGUGUCCGGCCGGUGCGACUCAGCGCUCCUUCGAAGACCUCACGGACAAAAACCCGAUGAGUCGGAGCCAGAAGUCGAAACUGUUCCGACUUCAGAGACAGCAUCAGAUCGACAGCAAGGAGACUCAGUGCUGAUCCAGAGACUGCCACCUUCUCAGACC